AUGAGAGAGAAUUUGAAGGAUAAGUCAGCAGUUAAAUGUUCUUUGAAAGCAAAUGAGGGUUAUUUAUACCCACUUGAAAAAUGUUUUAUGUUCAUUCCCAAACUUCCUACAUACAUACCAAUUCAAGAUACACUUAGUGUUUCAUUUUCCAGAGUAUCACAACAAUCCAAGAAGAGUACAGCAGUACCACAAGCUAGAACUUUUGAUAUAAAAUUUCAUACAAAAAAUGGCACGGAGUAUCAAUUCUCCAGCAUCAAUCGACAAGAAUUUGAAAAUUUAUUUAAAUUUUUAAAAGAAAAGAAUAUUCAUACAAUUAUUGAAUCACCUGAUGAAGGCACAGUCAGUUAUGCUGAACUUAUUAAUGAAAUUGGUGACUCAGAUGAUGAUGAAGUGAUGCCAUCUGUCGAUGAAGAUUUUGAAGACUUUGAAGAAAGUGAUGUGACUGAAGAAUAUGAAGAAAAUCCUUGA